AUGCGGGGACACGUGGAGACUGGAGAGCAGAGAGCUCUGGGGACACACGAGGACUGGAGCCACCCAAGGAGCAGGAUCCCUGGGGACACCCGUGACCUAGGAGACCCCGGGGCCGAGGACACCCCAACGUCCCCAGGGGACGCCCAGGAGCAGGAUACACUGUGGAGCAGGGACACCCAGGGACCAGGGCCACACGGGGACCAGGGCCACACAGGGACACCUGGGAGCAGGACACAUUGGGGACCGGGGACACCCGGGAGCGGGAUCCACCGGGAACAGGGACACAUGGGGACACCGGGGA